CAGCUCCGGCUUGCUCCUUGCCCACUCCCGGGGGGACGUUCCGUGCCGCGGCCGCCGCUUCUUUCACACUUUAGUUGGGAGCCGCUCGCCGCGCUCAGUUACUGGAGAGCUGGCCGCGCGCCGCCGCCUCCCGCACGCACGCACGCGGGCCAGGCUUCGGGGGUUUCGGCUCUUACCCCCGGCGUCUGGGAGGAGGGGGAGACCCGGACUCACUGUGGGGAGGAGGAAGAAGAGGAGGAGAAGGGAGGAAGAAAACAAGCGAGGAGGAUCCGGGCGGGGGGCGGGAGGCUUACCACCUUCAGCCCCCCCCGCGAGCGCCCAAGGUGCGCACAUUUUGACCGACUCAGCAAGAAGGUGGAUUUUCCUUGUGUCUAAAGAGAAAAAAAUGUCCCCGUGCCUGUAGAGAUGCUUUGCAGUUCAGCCCGGCUGAAGCUGACCGAAUGAGACUAUGGGCUGUGCCUCUGCGAAGCAUGUUGCCACUGUUCAAAAUGAAGAGGAAGCCCAGAAAGGGAAGAACUACCAGAAUGGAGACGUGUUUGGUGAUGAGUAUAGGAUCAAACCAGUGGAAGAGGUCAAAUACAUGAAAAAUGGGGCAGAAGAGGAGCAAAAAAUAGCAGCCAGGAACCAAGAAAACUUGGAAAAAAGUGCCAGUUCAAAUGUAAGACUUAAAACUAAUAAAGAGAUUCCGGGAUUAGUUCAUCAACCCAGAGCAAACAUGCACAUCUCUGAAAGCCAACAAGAAUUCUUCAGAAUGCUGGAUGAAAAAAUUGAAAAGGGUCGAGAUUACUGUUCGGAAGAAGAAGAUAUCACAUAGCACCAAUUCUACCACUCAAACUGGGAGCUACUACUGUGUAAAUAGGUUACACCCCACGUUGAAAUCUUUGCAAAGGUCGGUUCUCUUCAGCGAACAGCACUAUAGCAAAAGAAGAUCGUUCCAUAUCGUAUGCCCCAUUAAAUUACAAUGUUUCUUAAUGAACUUGCAAAGGAAUAUUGCUAAAAACAAACAAACAAAAAACUGUUAUCGAACUUUCUUUGUUGCUGCUAGUUAAAACUUGUUGCAACUUUUCACUUCUCUCAGUGUCCAGGUCUGCAGCAAAAUUCUGCAAUUUCACCUUAAAGAUACUGUUGGUUUUACAGAUGCUCUCCAACCUAUUUUCUAUAAGAUAAGGUAGUGGUGAACUCAGAUAUCCAACUUCUGUCCUAGACCGGUUCCGCUUCUAAGACACGCGCCUCUGUCCCUCUCUCCUCCCCGCCGCCUUCCCCCCGAGCAGUCCAGAGCCUUGCUUCUCACUGGCAGUGUUGCGCUUUGGAGAUGGGACGGUUGCUAUGGCAAAAGCCUUGUUUCUCUGAGAAGAAGACGUAGAGACGCUGUUAUCGAUUAAAAGCAUGUUGUGACCUGACUCCUGGAAGUGACAUAGGAGCGAACGGCAGGUGGUUUCAUUUCCUGGGUCUCUUAAUCAAAGAUCAAGCUUGCGGCGUCAGUUUUGCUCCGAUGCAGACAGAAGUGUGAUCACAAUCAUUUUGAAUCCCUCUUGCCUACUUUUUUUUCUAAGAAAAUAAACAUUUUACUGUUUUUA